CAGCCGAACGUUCUUGCAAACAGUAGCCAAAGCUAACUAAUCAAAUCACUUCUUUAGCAAAGAUGUUCAAGAUCAUCGUACUAACUGUCGCCUGUUUGGCUGUAGCUGCUUCGGCUCAAUACUGGGGCGGAGCUGGAUAUGGAUACGGUGCGGAGCAUCAUGGCCAUCACGAUUACUAUUCGCAUCCCAGCUACAAGUUCGAGUAUGGCGUGAAGGAUCCUCACACCGGUGACCACAAGAGCCAGUGGGAACAUCGGGACGGAGAUGUCGUCAAGGGAGCGUACACCCUGCACGAGGCCGACGGAACUGAGCGAGUGGUUGAAUACUCGUCCGACAAGCACAACGGCUUCCAGGCUCAUGUCAUGCGAGUGGGUCAUGCUCAUCAUCCUCAAGUGUACGGACACCACGGAGGAUACUAUGGAGGAUAUGGUCAUGGAUCGGGCUACAGCUACAGCAAGUUGGACCAGCAUUUCUAAGUUGUUUUUGAUCUUGCAGAAUCAGAAUCGGCGAUAUGUGUUUGGUUGAUUGUUCCUGAAUAAAUCCAUUGUUGACGUUGCA